UCUUUCAAGCUCCAGAUUGUAAAGGGUUCCUGGGUGAGCAGUGGGUCCCUGUCCCCAUCUCCAGGGGCUUUUGGAUGGGACGUUGCUCUGGAAGGAGCCAUGGACCUCUGGCUUUGGUCACUUUGCUUCCUGCCAGUGGCUGGGGCUCUGAGGAACCUCCCAGAAGUAAAGCUGGAGGGAAUUCUGGGUAGCUCCAUUACCAUUGAGUGCCCGCUUCCUCAAAAGCAUGUGAGGUUGUAUCUGUGCCGGGAAGUGGCUGAAUCUGGAGUAUGUUCCACCGUCGUGUCCAGCAAGAAUUUCGUCAAGGAAGAAUACAAGCACCGAGUCACCCUGAAGCCAUAUCCAGAUCAGAAUGUGUUCCUAGUGGAGGUGACAGAGCUGACCAAGAGUGACAGCGGAGUCUAUGCCUGUGGGACAGGCAUGAACACAGACCGGGGCAAGACCCAGCAGGUCACCCUGAGUGUCCACAGUGAGUAUGACCCAUUCUGGGAAGACGAGCUGAUGCCUGAGCCUCCAAGAUGGUUUCAUAAAUUUUUACAUAGACCGAUGCCCCCUUGGUUCCAGAUGCCUGCACAUGCCGAUUCUCUUGAAUUCAUACCUAAAGCUACCCCACCAGCUCAAAGGACUGAGGCUCCUCCAGCAACCCACCCCUCCCCCACCACCCAAAUCUCUCACCACCUUCAAGUUUCCAGAGCAUCUUCAGUAGCAGUUACCAAGCCCCCAACCUUCCUGCCAUCUACCACCACAACCUCAAAGACCUCAACUCCGGGGGUGCUUCGUAGGCUCCAGACGGCCAGCUACAACUACCACAGCAGGCUUCACAGGCAGAGAGCCUUCCACCAAGGCCCGGUGUCUGGGAUGGAAGACCAAGGAUUUCACAUCCUGGUGCCCACCGCCCUGAGCCUCAUCCUGCUGGCGCUUGUUGGACUGUUGGUGAAAAGGGCCAUUCAAAGGAGGAAAGCCGUCUCCAGGCGGGUCCGCCGAGUGGCGGUGAGGAUGCGCGCCCUAGAGGCGUCCCAGCGGCCCCCGCAGCAGCGGCGCCGCGCGUCGCAGCCGCCACGCUCCCAGAACAUCUACAGCGCCUGCCCGCGGCGUGCUCGGGCGGCGGACGCUGCAGGUGAGCGGGAGGCUCCUCUCGCAGGCCCUGGAGCGUCAGCACCCCCGGCCGCGCAGCAGGUAAUGGAAACUCUCUGGCUCCAUGCCCCAUCUCUGAAGACCAGCUGUGAAUAUGUGAGCCUCUACUACAAGCCUGUUGCCAAAGCAGAGGACACUGAUUCAGAUGACUAUGUCAAUAUUCCCUGCCUGACUCACCUGUCCCACUGUCCCCCUGGGCCCAGACCUUGGUGCCAAUGAGUCUUGUCUAUCUGCUGGUUUCCAAUACCUCCUCUGUUUUUGGAGCCCUUAUUACCUCCCACACUAAUCUUAAGUCUUGUUCCUGUCUCUCCUGAACAUAGCUCUGUACCCCCUCCUGUUUCUUCUUGCACACCUCUACAGCCCUCUGUGGUUUUCAGGUGGGCUCUGGGCAGGCAGAGUAUUUGUCCCUGUGCUACCUGCUUCCCUUCCAAGCCAAUGGGAUUUGCAGAGUGUCUUUGAUCACAGGGUCUUUGCUGCCCUGGGUCUAGACACAUGGCAUCAGACUGGAGGAUAGACAUAAGUGUUGCUUCGGGGGACUUUCUCAGUCUUGGGCCUCAUACCAGUCAAAGGCCCCCAGACCGCCUCAUGAGGGCAUGCCUCAGGCCUGUGAGCUAGGAAGGGGCCUGGUAUGAAAUGCCCCUGGCAACAUCUUUGCCCUGAUCGUAGGGCUGGCUCUUACUAGUGAGCUUCUAUUCAUCUUGAGUCCUAUGAUAAGGACAUUUCAUUUUGAGAUGACAAUAAAGGGUUAUAAAUUUUCAGAACCAUG